UUCAUUCCACAACGCACACUGGGCGUAAAUUACAUUACGAAAUUCGUGAGCCAACAACGACGUAACCAACCGUAUCGCGAGAACGCACGAGAACAUGGAAACAAGACAACAAAAAUAAAUUUGUGGACAACAAGCCAGAGUGCAUGAUGGCGGCGUCGCUGCUGCGCCGGGACAAGAAAGCCACUGCCGCUCACUUGAAGGAAGACUUAAAUCGGACUGACAAUAGCUCCGGGGUCCGACAACUUCUCGAGCUGCUCGACGCUGUGCUAAAUCCCGAAAAACCAGCGGCGGACACAGAGGCUCUUGACUGGUGUAAAUGUCUAAUUGCAGGAGGCGAAGGUUUCGAGGAGUUCUGCAAAACGGUCCGGUCCUAUGACAACGCGACUCUGUGCGGAUUGGUUUGGACGGCUAAUUUCGUGGCAUAUCGAUGCCGGACCUGUGGCAUCUCCCCGUGCAUGUCACUGUGUGCUGAGUGUUUCAAUAACGGAGACCACACGGGCCAUGACUUCAACAUGUUCAGGAGCCAGGCUGGUGGGGCCUGUGACUGUGGAGACAGUAAUGUCAUGCGAGAGAGUGGGUUUUGCAGACGGCAUCGGUUGAGAACAGGGGAGAAUGUCCCCUCAAUACCUCGAGACCUUCUCUUGAUGUCUGAGAUGGUUCUUCCUCGCUUUAUCCUGUGUAUCAUACAGUAUCUGAGAGAUGGAUACACUGAGCCAGACACCUCAACUGAGAGAGAUCUACAGAAAGUCCUGCAGCAGCUGGAGCCUCAGAUCUCCUUCCUGGAGGAGCUCACGAAGAUGGGAGGAGCAAUGAGGACUGUACUGACAAAGAUCUUGACCAAUCAGCAAACAUUCAAGGAGUUGAGCAUGGGCCAAGAGGAGAAUUUGUAUGCUAAAAAGAACUAUGACAAGUAUUUGUCAGCCUUGAAGAAUUCAGGUCUGGUGACUGUGGAGGAGAAAGCCCAAGGUGCUACUGCUGAUGUCACUGUUGGUGCUGAAGGAGGCGCAGGAGCGAUGGUCUUAUUGGGAACCACUGCACCAGGGAGCCCAGAUGAGUCUAAUAAAGAGGAGGACCAAGAUGCAGGGCAGUCUGUUGGACAGAGGAAGAGGGUUAAGCUGAGCAGCAGUACCAAAGACCCGUGUAUUAUUGAAUCUCUGAAGCAUAAAUGCUUUCUGGAGGAGUUGCUGUUUUGGACGAUAAAAUAUGAGUUUCCUCAGAAGAUGGUCACCUUCUUACUAAACAUGUUGCCAGAUCAAGAUUACAAGAUCACUUUUACGAAAACAUUUGUUCAGCAUUAUGCAUUCAUCAUGAAAACACUGAUGAAAAGCCACGAGUCGGAUACCAUGUCCAACCGCAUUGUACAUAUUAGUGUGCAGCUGUUCAGCAAUGAGGAGCUGGCUCGACAUGUGACAGAGGAGUGUCAGCUGCUGGACAUCAUGGUCACAGUCCUCCUCUACAUGAUGGAGAGUUGCCUUAUUAAAAGUGAACUUCAGGAUGAAGAGAACAGUCGCCAUGUUGUGGUGAACUGCAGUGAGGCUCUGUUAAAGAACAACACCUACUGGCCAUUAGUUAGUGACUUUAUUAACAUCCUCUCACACCAAAGUGUAGCGAAAAAGUUCCUAGAGGACCAUUCAUUGUUGAUGCUGUGGAUGAGUUUCGUGUCAUUUUUCCAAGGCAUGAACCUGAAUAAGCGGGAGUUAAAUGAACAUGUGGAAUUUGAGUCCCAGACAUACUAUGCAGCCUUUGCAGCAGAACUCGAGGCUUGUGCACAACCAAUGUGGGGUCUCUUAACACACUGCAAAGUCAAAGAGACACAGGAAUAUACUAAAACUGUGGUACGCUACUGCUUGGAGACCCUACAGAUCUGGUUUGAUACCAUUGGCUUCAUUGACGAGCCUGCUCCAAAUCAAGUGACAUUUCACCUGCCACUGCACCGCUACUAUGCCAUGUUCCUCAGUAAGGCUGUAAAGUGCCAAGGCCUGGACCUGGACAGCCUCCUGCCCGACCAGGAGAUGCUGAUGAAGAUCAUGGUGCAUCCACUCCAAAUCCAGGCAUGCCUGUCAGAGAUCCACAGCAACAUGUGGGUCAGGAAUGGUCUUCAGAUCAAGGGACAGGCUAUGACCUACGUGCAGUCACACUUCUGCAACUCCAUGAUUGACCCAGACAUCUAUCUGCUCCAGGUUUGUGCAUCAAGACUAGAUCCGGACUACUUUAUUUCAAGUGUUUUUGAGAGGUUCAAAGUGGUUGACCUGUUGACCAUGGCAUCUCAGCAUCAGAAUGCUGUAUUAGACUCUGAGCAGGAGCGGCCGAUGCUUGAAGGAGCACUGACCUUCCUGGUCAUAUUGACGAGCCUUCGCAUUCAUUUGGGGAUGACGGAUGACGAGAUUCUUCGGGCUGAGAUGGUCUCGCAGUUGUGUAUGAAUGACCGUACACACAGCGCACUGUUAGACCUUAUUCCUGAGAAUCCCAACCCAAAGAGUGGCAUUGUACCAGGGAGUUGUAGUUUUGAGGAGAUGCUCUCUGCUGUGGCUGACUUCAAGGCACCAGUGUUUGAGCCCGGAGGCUCCAUGCAGCAGGGCAUGUACACACCUAAAGCUGAGGUGUGGGAGAAGGAGUUUGAUCCCAUCAUGGUCGUUCUCAGAACAGUCUAUCGGCGUGAUGUCCAGUCAGCAAUGGACAGAUACUCAGCAUUUUUAAAACAGUCUGGCAUUCACACUGGCAACCCAUGGCCACCUUACAAGGAGAGGACUCCUCUGCAUCCGUGUUACAAGGGCCUAAUCAAGCUGUUGCACUGCAAGACGCUGCACAUUGUGAUAUUCACUCUCCUUUACAAGAUAUGGAUGGAUCAUCAGAACAUGUCCGAGCAUGUGCUGUGCAUGGUGCUGUACCUGAUCGAGCUGGGUUUGGACAACCAGGUUCUAGACAACAAGGAGGAUGAGGAGCCUUGCAUUGAGGAGCACUGCCAUGACAGCUGGUUCCCUGGCACCAAUCUCCUCUCCAAUCUGCACCAUGUCAUCAACUUUGUGAGGGUUCGGGUUCCUGAGACAGCUCCUGAAGUGAAGAGAGAGGCCCCUCCCAGCACCAGCACUGAAGCUUCUUCUUAUGGCCAGUGGGCAAUGGACCAGCACAGUGCCAGUCAGACGUGGUUUCCACUCCUUCAGAACUCCAGGCGUCUUGCAGGGAAUUGGAGAGAGAACCUGCGUGAAGCUCAGGUGUUCAGCCUUGUAGCGGAGCGCAGGAGGAAGUUCCAGGAGAUAAUCAACCGCAGCAACACUGAAGCCACCCAGGUUGUCAGGCCCAAGAGCUCCUCAACACGCUGGGUCCCACCAGGCACACCCCCUCAGCUGGUGACCGAGAUCCUCGAGAUCCGGGAGAGCAUGCUGUCCCUCCUCAUCAAGCUCCACCAGAAGUUGUCGUCCAAGCAGAACUCUCUGUCGGCAUCCUGGCUAGAGGAUAUGGACACGAGCAGUCACGCUCAUGGUGAUGGCAUUACAGCCAUUGAGCGCAUCCUCACCAAGGCAGCCACGCGCAGCUGCCAAAUCAAGCGUAGCAUCCAGGACAUUUGUGGGAAGGUGUGUCCUCCUGUGCCUCCAAAGAAGAACAGUCCCACUGACAAGAAAGCCAUGGAUAAAGAAGAGAGACGUCAGAGGGCAAGAGAGAGACAGCAGAAGCUGCUUGCUGAAUUUGCCUCCAGGCAGAAGAGUUUCAUGGAAACAGCCAUGGAUGUUGAAUCCCCCGACACUGAGGCAGCCAUGGACCUAGGAGCAUCUGAAGUGAUGGAGUCUGAGGUUCUUUAUGACUGUGUUAUCUGUGGCCAAAGUGGACCUUCCACCGAGGACAGACCAACUGGCCUAGUAGUUCUCCUCCAAGCGUCCUCAGUGCUUGGGCACCGCUGCAAAAGCAAAGAGGCUAAGAAGCUACCAACAACUGAUGAAGAGCACAUCUACGCUGCAGACACGUGUGGAGUGGCUCAUGAUGUCAGACUCACGCUCAUGCAACGGUUCUUCAAAGAUAGUUCUUGUCUGCAGUCUGUGUCAAUAGGUUGGGAUGGGGGCGUCUACGUCCAGACCUGUGGACACACUUUGCAUAUAGAUUGCCACAAGUCAUACAUGGAGUCUCUGAGGAAUGACCAGGUCCUCCAGGGUUUCUCUGUUGACAAGGGUGAAUUUACAUGCCCACUGUGUCGACAGUUUGCCAAUAGUGUCCUUCCCUGUCGCCCUGGGCGGGGCACAGAGGCUGGUGCCUGGCACACACCCACAAACAAGAAGACGUAUGUGCUUGUAAAGGAGGUGGAAGAUCUUCAGGAGAAACUUGGCCAUUUCCCAAUGGAAUCCAACUUGAGUAAAGAGAUGGAACUGGUCAUCAAAGACAUCAAAAAUACCACCCAGAAGAAAUACAUGGACUAUGGCAAGAACCCUGGCUCCCCUGACAAUGAUUUCCUCUUCAUGUACUCUGUGGCAAGAACCAACCUGGAGUUGGAACUUGUGCACCGGGGAGGAAACUUGUGUUCUGGAGGGGCCAGUGCAGCUGCCAAACGCUCAUGUCUCAAUCAGCUGUUCCAUGUGCUGGCUAUGCACAUGCGUCUGUACAGCAUUGAUUCAGCCUACAACCCCUGGACUAAGCUGACUCAGGUUACACAAAGCAGAGAGGCAGAUGGCUUUGAUGAAGAGAGACCUGAGGUACCCAUGCUGUUUCGAGAUGUCCCUUCCCUCCUGAUUAUCUUUGUGCUAACGAUGCCACAGCCUCUGCGAAAAGAGCACUUUAACUGUGUGGUGAAGAUGCUGUACAACCUGCAAUUCGCCCAGGCUCUGGCUGCGCUCUCAUCCAAGUUCAGCCCAGAAGAAAGGCAGGCCUGGAGCACGUCUGGAGCACUCAAGAAGAAUGCUGCAAAUGCUGAGAAAUCGUUUGAAGCGCUGCUCAGUCAUGUUAUCAGUGAGCUCUCUAAGGACAAGAGUGUCUACAAGGUGAAUGCUGAAGAAACAUCAAUGCUGAUCUCCAGUGUGUGGUCCCCACAGUCUAUUGAGUUCAGCCUCCAGCAGUUCUGCCUGCCCUUCCUUCGCCUCUCUUGCCUUCUGCAGCAUCACCUCUAUGGAGACAACCUAACUGGCUGCCUGGAGGAGGAGGAGUUCUUGUCCUUGGCUGUGUGUUUGGGGCUCUUACCAUCGGCCCCUCAGCCUUCCAACAUCGUGCACAGUGCCUCAUGUCUGAAGUGGGCGGUCAGCGCCUUUGACUUGGUGACACAGUGGUGCGCUGAGGUCACAGGGCUCUCUCAGAUGCAGGCUGAGCAAUCAUUGACCUUGCUUGUCCAGGAUCCUCAGUGGGCAGCCCCCCGCCUUCUCCAGCUACCUGACAACUACAAUAUCAUCUUCCAGUACUAUCACAGGAAGGCCUGCACUGCCUGCAAAAAGGUGCCAAAAGACCCUGCACUCUGCCUUGUUUGUGGCGCCUUCGUCUGUCUCAAAGGCGUUUGCUGCAAACAGCAGGGUAUCUGUGAAUGUGUUUUGCACUCCCAACAUUGUGGCGCAGCUACAGGCAUCUUUCUACUGAUAAAUGCCUCCGUCAUCAUCAUCAUCCGUGGACAUCGUUUCUGCCUGUGGGGUUCUGUUUACCUUGAUGCCCACGGAGAAGAAGACCGCGAUUUACGCCGUGGCAAGCCACUCUUCUUGUGUGAGGAGAGGUAUCGAGUGUUGGAGCAACAGUGGGUUUCACACACCUUUGAUCACAUCAAUAAGCGUUGGGGGCCCCACUAUAAUGGACUCUAAGAUCUUCCGAAGUCCACUGAAAACAGCAACCCAUGACGGAGAAGAUUUUUAUUUCUGGUUUAUGUGUCUGCCUCGAUCAAAUAUUUGGGAACUCUUUAACAUGAUACACACAAACAUCCAGUGAGGGUAUUGCUGCCACAGCUUUGGUUUAUGUGAAGUUUGGUGUACAAUCAUGCCUAAAGAUUAACACGUGUGUGUGUGUGUGUGUGUUUAAGUGAUUUAUUGUGUGGUUUUCAACAGGGAAAAACAGAAUUCGGUAAGAUCAAAGUAAAAAGCACAACUUUGCCCAGAAAUUCAAUUGGUUUGCAACAGGCUUUUGAAGCCUGUUGUAUUUAUUUGGGUUUUAAAAAUAUAUAUCAAGUGCUGAAUGUCCCUGCAAAGUUUGAUUACUUUUUGCACCAUUUAUGAUGAUGUUAAUGCAUAUCCCUUUUAUUUAUCGAAAUGUGCUCUGCUGUGCUGGCAUGAGUUUCAAGCUCCUGAUGAGUGUAGCGAUGUUAUUGCAAUGUGCACUCAUUGUCUGCUGAUGCGAUGGUAGGCAGGACAAGUCCACCCAUCAACACACUAGAGUUUUUUUUGCAAACAAGCAAAGGCUCUUUUUAUGGGUCUAGUUGCAAUCCAUCCUCAGGAAUUUUUUGUUUUCGCUGUUUAAAAUACGUUUUAAAUAUUUAAAUAAAUGCUGCUGCUCAUUGUUCAAGUAAUUUUAACUUUUGUGAAGAUUUUUUUUCUAAGGUUGUGCUUUGAGUUUACGGUAGAUGGCUGGGAAUAUUGACUCAAACUCACUUUGUUUAAGGAGGUAUGCGGUCACCUCAUCAUGCUCACUACAGUUCUCGCACUCCUGCCCUUUAUGCGCUUUCUGUUUCUGGUUGGUUCUGAAGAAGAAACUCAAAAACAGCUAAAGCUACAACCGGUCAAUGAGUAAUUUAACAUUCAUUGUCAUCGCUCCACUGAAGUCAAACAUAAGAAUUUAAGUAGCAUACAUUUUUAAAGGCAAGGAAAUGUCAUCGCACAGAUAUGGUGUCCUGCUGCACUGGCAAAACUGAAGGCCAUAUGAGAGCAGAAAUACUAUAUUGGUUCCAUCAAAGUUGUCUCUCAAGAUAUGAAACUCAAUGAAAUGUAAGUUGCUUUUGAGAAGAAAUGCCAAUACUCUUCAUCUUUCUGUGCUGUCAAAGAAAGUUUUUCCCUUUUUAUGCUUUUGAUUGUCGAGUCCUAACUGCAGUAUAGAACAUUUAUUGUGAUGACUAUCACUUACUAAUGCUUCAUCUAGUUGUGAUUUAUAGUUGCAUUCCAACAUUACAAGAUUAUCAGACUUGAGUAUCCGUUAUACACUGUGCAUGACAUCCUUUAAGUCACCAUUAUUUAAGUGUCUUAGCUACUUAAUUUUCUGAUUAUCAUCUUCUUUUUUUUUUCUGGAAGAGAGGAAAUUUAUCCAGUCGUGCCUCCAAAAUGUUAAUUUUUUCGAGUGAUAAACAGCAUACUGCUGAUAUCCCUGAUGUCUGGUUUUGAAAUGCUGGGCCACGCCGUGCUGCAUCGAGGAAUCUUUAAGGAACAAGUUAACACUUGAAAAAACUUCCUCUUGAAUUCAUGCAUGCUGCUUCUCUGUUUACUGAGUUUCUCCUCUCUUCUUUAUUUUGCAGUACCCACUUUGUAAAUGACCGCAACCAAAUAGCCAACGAGUAAUGGGUGUAAAUUGUAACUGAAAGCUCUUGUGUGUUCUCCUGUAUGAAUGAAGAGAGAAUACAGUACAUUACUGUAGGUGCUGACUCAAACUUUCUGAGUUUGACCAGAAAGUAUGACUUGGACAUUUAAUGCAAAAUGUAACAUAUGUGAAUAAAAUAUAAACACGCUGA